GCCGAAUACACUCGCUAUAAAAUAGUCAUAUGUAACUGUUCAGGAAAAUCUCCAACUCACUCUGGGGUAUUUCUCUCUUUAUAGUAUCAUGACUGUUUCGGUACCAGGUAAGAUUAUGAAAAUUGGAGGAGUACCCGAACACUUCAACGAGCCAAUCUACAUCGGCAGCGAGGAGAAGCUAUACGGCGGUCGCAAUGUUGACUUUGUGACCGUGAAUGGCGGAACUGGAGCCAUGCUAUCCCAUCUGUACGAGGGCAAGAUCGACGUUGCAAUUGCGCUGACGGAAUGUCUAGUGGCUGAGAUCGAGAAAGGGGGAGACCUUCAAUUGCUCGGCAAUUAUGUUACGUCGCCUCUUGUGUGGGGUAUAUCUACUGGCGCUGAUGUAAAGUUAUCUGUAGAUGACCUGGAAGGUAAAGUAUUUGGAAUCAGUAGAUACGGGUCAGGUAGUCACGUGAUGGCUUAUGUGCUAGCAGCACAGCGUGGUUGGGCUGCCAAACCCACUUUCAAGGUGUGCAAUGAUUUUGCUACCCUCAGGGAGGAAGUACAAAGUGGUGGCAUAGAUGCAUUUUUAUGGGAGACCUUCACGACCAAACCGUACGAAGAUCGCGGCGAAGUGUCCAUUAUCGGUGGCAUCCCCACCCCCUGGCCAUGCUUUUCUAUGGUGGCCAAGCGUGAGUACAUCAAUAGCAACGUCGACGACCUGAAAACCAUCAUCAAUGGAUUGCGCCAGGCUUGCACGUCUUUCAAGACUAAUGAAGAAAAAUCAAUAGCGCGUGUGUGCAAAAAGCAUUUGUUAACAUUAGAGGACGCAAAGAUAUGGUUUGACGGGGUCGUGUACACAAAGUCGAACGCAAUGUCACGCGCAAACUUGGAAAAUACGAGGGCAAUCUUGGUGGAGGCAUCUGUGCUACCUCCUUCAUGCGUAGAUCCAGAAAACAAGAGGGAUGUGGAGUCAUAUAUAUCCACUCUGGUGAGCGAGUUGGUCGAAUGAUUAGAACUCAUAUUCAAUAUAUUUACAGACAAAGAGAUGCUAACAAGCAAGAAACGUGUAGUCGAGUCCUUGGCCUUAUAAAUCGUAUUGAUCUUCCACUUUGCAUUUGCUUACGAGAGUAGGUGCAGUACGUACCAAGUUCUCUAUUCAUUGACUUAAUGAAUGUCAAAGUGCGAAGUGCAUCGAAUCGAAUUAGACUUUCACUUGUGAGCAAGUUUGACGUUUACCUACAAAUUGAUUUCUCAGAUAGCCCGAAGGCGACGAAAACAUCAAGGGCGAUAAUGAUAAUUACUAGGAGAGCAUCGAUAGUGACCCAUUUGUUCAUAUCUGAUUUAUUAUAGCUACUAUUGGAAACUAAAUAUGUGCAAGGCACACGCCACACGGUCAAUAUGUAGCGGCUGAUGGAGAAUGACUUCGUCGUCGGUGCAAUGAUAUUUGGGGUCUCUUCCAUCGCAGGUAGAGUUUCAUAGACCUCUGGGUAUCGAGGCAGCAGAAUACAACUCAGGUGCCUAUACUUCAUUAGUCAGCAUUAAUCACGUCUUAUUUCUAUACUGAGAAAGUGCCUGCCCAGAUAGGACGCAUUUAAUCGAAGUCAGCUCUAAGCCUGUGUUGGAAUUGAACAUUGGGUCCACACAGGGGCAGAUACCAGCGAGUAAUUCUCUGGAUAAAUACUGAAGGUAAGGGUACACAUGUUACAUCGAUAGCUCUUCGUAUCAUGUCAAAACGAAAGCAAUCCCUGUUGUUCG